AGGAGGGCAGCGUCUCUUCACUACUCGCGGUGCCUGGGAAGCGCGGUGGGAUUCCGGACGCGGUCGUGGCUCGCAAAGUCCAUGCCAAAUGGUUGCCGCAGGAUCAAGGUCUUCUCUUCUCCUCUCGAUCGUUUGGAUUGAUCCUCGCUCCCAGUCUUGCUUGCUUGUCUAGGAUCAGGAUUGAUGCUUUCCUUCUUCCAGGAUUGAUGCUUAUGGUGCGAUGUCGAUGUGGUAAGCGUAUGGAACGCUCACUGCUCGAGCAAGAUUGGAGAGGGUUUCUCACAAACCGGCACGUCGUGGACAUGAGCUUGCCCAGCCAGAAGCUCUACCACCCGCCAUGGAGGUGAAUCUCGAGAUCGGCGUGGAGAUCCACCCCGCCCGUCCAGCUGAGCGGCUACGCUGUAGGCCAUGACGAUCCCUCCGCCGGAGGUCCUCCCCACUCUGCGGCGGCUGCUCGAGCUCCUCAACCUGGAGAUCAGCGCUUCCAAGAAGAACCCUAACUCUGUGUAAGAGUUUUGUAUAUUUAGGGCAACGAAGGAGCUAUGGCUGCGAUGGCGCAGCAAGCGGGAGGAGGUGAUGGAGCCGGCACUGGUGGCGGCGGCGGCGGCGGUGGCGGCGCCGGGCCACGGAAGACGAGCGUCUCGUUCGGAUCGCUCAUGCCAUUCCUCCAGACGCUUGUGGCGCCGGAGCAAAAUCUCCAGCUCGUGGCGCUCUAUGCGAAGAUGAAGGAGGAGAAGAUCUCCCGCGAGGAUUUCGUGAGGGGAGCUCGCGUCGUCGCGGGAGAGAAGGUGAUUCUGGAAGCUCUCAGUCGGAUGAACUCGAGGCCUCCACAGGCGCUACACCCAGAACAACCCCCAGCGCUUGGUGAUGGAUCAUCACAGCAGCCACCAUUUACUCCACCAGAACGAAAGCAGCUCGUGAGGAAAGCUUCUGAUAUGGCCAUGACGUCGGGCGGACAAGCCAGUAAGAAACAAAAGGCUGAUCCGGUCCAAAGCCUUGAGCAGAUCAACGAUGUAACUGCUGUUGGUGGCGUCAACUUGAAAGAAGAAGAAGAGCGCUUGCUCACUGCUCCGAGAGAAGAAAGCCGGACUACACCUGAGAUGCGAAGGAAGUUUAUGGAGGAGGAAGGCCGAUUUUUCUUGGAGAAAGGUCCACUACAUACUAAAGUACAAGAAAUUGCCGCGAAACAUGGACUCAAAAGCAUCAGUGAGGACGUGGAGCGUUGCUUGUCGAUGAGUGCGGAGGAAUUGUUGUGGGGCUUUCUUCUCAAAACCAUCAAAGUGUCCAAGCAGAGAUGCGACGUUGAAAAGGAACGGCACAGGGUUAUGGCGACGCUAGAUUUUCAGAAGCAAAUCAUGGCCAUGAGGAAAGAGCAACGGGAAUUUCGGCAAAGAAAGCAAGCCGAAGAAGCCGAGAGAUUGCGCAAGCUCAAUGAGGAGAAAGGACCACAAGCAACUGAAGAAUCAACUCCAAAAUCUCAAAAGGCACAACAACAAAACGAUGACAAGUUGAGAACCACGGCGGCAAACAUUGCAGCUCGCAAGGCUGUGGGAGCCGACGACGUGCUCUCCAAGUGGAUGCUAAUGGCCGAACAGAGACAGCAAAAGCAAGCAGCUGCUGAUGGCUGGGGAAACGCAGGAACACCAGUUGCCGGCAAGCAGCAGUUCGGUGCUGCGACGCCUCGAGUGAAUGCCCGGCGCUCUGCUCUACCUCAAGCCACCAGAGCUCGGUCGAUCAUACUCCGGGACCUGGUGGCCUGCCUGGAGAGGGAGCCGGGCAUGUCGACGUCCCCUCUCCUGUACAGAUUCUACGAGCGAUUGUCGAGCGAGGAGGUGAAUUACUAGAGGAGCACACAUUCUAACACUUGCGAGAGAUCGAGAGCGUCAUUUCUCUCCAGGAAAAUGGGCCAAGCCUGCGUUUUUGCGGUGUUCGUGGCAGGCAAACAAGAGAUCUUCAAUGUUGACUUGAGGAUAGGUCCCGGGAUCGAUACCCGGCAAGAGAGGAAUUUGGCCCGCCGCAUGUCAUGUCAUGUCAUAACAGACCUCGUAACGCCACCUAA